GUGUUGGCCCAGGGUUUUGUCAGUUCAUGGGUCGAUGACGUAUGUCAUCUGGUGCCUUGGAAACUGGAAGACUGAAGUCGAUCAGACAAUCCCCGACGCCGGAGAUCGAGCACCGGUCUGGCACAAGCGCGAUUCGUGACAUGCCGUUUCUGUGCGUCGACCCUCCGGCAUCGUCGUGAGAGGCAUCUCCGACACGGUGAAUACGCAGGGAUGACUGAUGCGAGCGGUUCGCUGUUCUAGUCGUGGGUGAGACGGGGCUUAUUGCAGUGAUAUUGCAUACGUACGUCCGGUGUUCGUGGAAGGCAAGGGGAGCACAAACGUACAGUAUAUAAAGUGCAUGAUGGGUAGCUGACAGUAGACACUCCGCUCGACCCACUCGUGACUGCACAACUUGUAGUCCGUACCCAACGGCUCGUUAAAAACAUGCCAUCCUACGCAAUCACUGGAGCGUCGCGCGGCAUAGGCCAUCCACAGAGCGCACAGCCCGACAACGUCGUCUUCGGUUUGGUGCGCAACAAGAGCACGGCUACGGAGCUGCUUGGACUCGCGCAGAGCGCGUCGAACAUCCAUGUCCUCCAGGCGGACAUCACAGACUCGAGCGCACUCAAGUUUCAAGUGAACGUCCUCGGCGUCAUCCGGACCAUCAACGUAUUCCUUCCGCUCAUCCGCAAGGGUGGCUUGAAGAAGGUCCUCACCCUGAGCUCCGGGAUGGGCGAUCUUGACUUCGCCCGUAAUGUCGAUGUCACCAACUCCGGGCCCUACUCCGUCUCGAAGGCUGCGUUGAACAUGGUCGUCGUCAAGUACGCCGUGCGGUUCAAGGACGAGGGCAUCGUCUUCCUGACGAUCAGCCCCGGGAUAGUCGACACGUUCCAAGGCCCGCCGCCUCCGCCGGCUGUGCUAGAAGAAUUGGCGGUGCUGAGGGCACAGGUGAAGAAGUUCUACCCCGAGUGGGACGGCAAGUCGCUGGAGUCGGAGGAGUCUGUGAGGAUGCAGCUGCAGGUCCUGGAGAAGGCUACGAUCGAGGACAGCGGUGCGUUUGUGUCGCAGCACGGCAACAAGCAGUGGGUCUGAGGUCGGGGAAGUUCUGUACGGGAAAGACGAUGCAGCAGCAGCCAUUUGCGUGUAACUCUAUAUAAGCCAUAUUGUGUGUAUUCAUAUUGAGGCGUAUGGGCUGUGGAUAUCUGUCGUUAUGCCAGUUAGGGAGGUGACUUCCAUUCGAGGACAUGGAGGCGGCGUAUGAUGACGAGGU